AUGUCUCCUUCGAAGCGGCGCAAGCUCAGCCCAGAGCCAGAGCAAGAAGAAAUCCAGGGCAGUGCAGAGAAUACCACAGAAAUGUCACAGAGGACGCCACAGACGACACAAGAGUCAGAUCGCGAUGUGACACGAGCAGCGACACCUUCGGUCGGUAACCAGGCAGAUACCGAUGGACAAGACUCGACUGCAAAGCACAAAUACGCAGCUACGGACGGUGCCUCAGCUGCCAUCGCCAUCCCAACCACCAUAAAUGCAGACCGACUCGCCCGUUUUGCGGCCCUCAAAUCUCGGGCCACGGAGUCCGCAAAGUCCAAUCUUGCCGAAGCCAAAGCGGAAGCCAACCGCGCAGCGAUGGAUCCAGCCUUGCUCGCCAACCUCAACAGACGCUCGGCCAUCGCGCAGCACAACCUGCUGAAAGCAGAUACCGAAGAAGACGAGGGCAAAGGGGCCUUCGAGCGCAAGCGAGCUUGGGACUACACCAUCGAAGAGAGUGAGAGAUGGGACGAGCGCCAGGAACGGAAAAAGGCCGCAAGGGACAACAAUGCGUUUUCGGACUGGAGUGACGAGGCGGCCAGAAUGUAUGAUCGCCAGAUCCGCGAGUUGGAGAAAAGUUCUCUCAAAGAUGGCGGCCGCAACCGUGAAGAAUACGAACGGCAAAAGGCCGAAAUCAUCGAAAACGCCGCUCGCACCGGCGGGUUAGAAAUUGUGGAAAUGGACAACGGCGAACUCGUUGCCAUCGAUAAAGACGGCCGAUUCUACGCGGACCACGACAGUCUGGGCUUCGUGGAACAGAAGCCCAAACGAGAGAAUGUGGAUCGCCUGGUCAAUGACCUAAAAAAGGCAGAGGAGGCACGGUUCAAAAAGAGAAGAGAAAGAGGGCGCGACGUGGAAGAAGGGGACGUCACAUAUAUCAAUGACAAGAACAAGCAGUUCAACCUCAAGCUAUCGAGAUUCUACGACCGGUACACGAGGGAUAUCCGGGAAAGUUUCGAGCGAGGAACCGCCAUGUAA